ACUCUGACGAAAUGAUUUGAAUUAUAGAAACGUAUAGAUUUUCUACAUUCUUCAGUUGUUUAGAGUGCCUCAUUCUGUUUUAUUCGCUUUUAUUGUACACUUAACACCAAAAGUGUUUGCUCAUAGUCAUUUCUUUUUAAAUUAGUUUAAAGUGUGUCAGUUGUAAUCAGUAGAAGUAAAAAGACGGGGAAUAAAAUAUAAACAUGCCAAAUACAGAUAAUAAUAAACCUGUGGAGCCAAAAUGUGCGUUUCAAGUACAAGCAUUAAUUGAUAACGGACGGAUUACUCGUGAGGAAAUAAUUGUGUUGGAAGAUAAACUUCAAGAUGUGAAUGUGCCACCGUUAACUGACGAACAAAUCGCUUUGUUUUUGUUAUCUUGCGACAGAGAUUUGGAUUUUACUAUCAGAACGAUAAAAGAGUUUUUCAAGGCUAGAUUAUCAGGACCUGAAUUGUUUGAUGAGAGAUGUCUGGAGCGAGAAGAUUUGCAAUAUCAAUUGAAUGUCAUACGAUAUUCUAUAUUUCCUAAGAGGACGCCUGAUGACUGUGCGAUUUUAUUCCAUCGUCUGCAAGACUUUUCCUCAUCUCAUUACCACAUGGAACACUCGAUGAAGUUGUUAUUCAUGACAUUAGACUCAGCAGUGUAUGAUUAUCCACCGAAAGGCUUGGUGAUUUUAUUUGACAUGCAAGGAGUUGGUUUGAUGCAUUUAACCAGGAUAAAAAUGAGUGCAAUCAAGAAAUUUGCUUAUUAUCUCCAGGAUGGGCUACCGGUCAAAUUGAAGCAGAUUCAUGUGGUUAAUACACAAUAUUUCAUCGAUAAAGUUAUGAUGAUUUUAAAACCUUUCAUCAGGAAAGAAUUAUACAAUCAAAUACAUUUUCAUCCACCGACUGAUGACAUGUCCAAGUUUCACAAAGAAGUUAUUCCCAAGUCUUGUCUACCUUCAGACUUUCAAGGAGAUUUGCCAUCGGUCGAUGAGCUGCACGAGAUGAACACAAAGAAGUUGGAGGAGAUGCGACCUUAUUUCGAUGCUGAGCAAAAACAGCGACAUGAUUUUUAUGCGUGCAGAAAGAAAACCAUCAUAUGAAGAUUGAUUCAAAACGUACGUUUUUAUAUAUUUUAUUUUAUAUUUUAUACUUGUAUUGAUUUCAAUAUCAAACAAAUUUAAAGAAUAUUUUAUAUUUUGUCGUAACUUUUAAGAACUAAAUCAUGACAUGACUUUCCUGUACAUUUUUUAUACUCUGACAAUAAAUGUUGAUGAAUUUUA